CUCUCUGUCUCUCUCUCUCUUCCAAGUUCUCUCUCUCUCUCUCUGAAAACCCUAGCUAGAGAGCAAAGUAAAACACGAGACCUCCACUAUUUCCAAAGACUCGAAUUCACCAGAGAUAGCCAUCACCCAAAGACUCCAAGUUAUCUGACGAGAGAAACGAAAAAAAAAAAGAAAAGAAAAAAAAAUCCGCGAAAAGGAACCCUAUUCCAAAGAUCGAUGAUGAACAACUUCGACUCUUCCUCUGCGUCUCUUAAUAACGACUCUUCUUCGUCUUCUUCUUCAGCCUCCUCUUCUCACAAGAACUGGCUUGCUUUCUCUCUUUCUAACAACAUCAACUGCUUAAACCCUUCGCAAAACCCUAAUCUUGCUUUGCCCAUUUCUUCUUCGCCUUCUUUGUCAGCUGAUCAUCGUCAUCAUCAUCUCUCCCUCUUCCACGCUUUUGCCACUAACCCUGAUGCACCCGUGAAGGCACAGCUUCAAGGACGAUCGCGAGACGGGGCUUCAGGCGGCAGCGAGACUUCGCCGGUGAUUCUCUCCGUUUUAUCCGGCGGCCCUAAACUGGAGGAUUUCCUCGGCGGCUCUAGAGCCACGACGGCGGUCCCUCCUCCGCUUACAACGCAGGUUCCACUGCAGCCUCCCGCUGGCGUUGUCUUCUCCGGCGAGCCUGCGCCGCCGUAUGCGACGGAGAUCUACGACUCCGAGCUGAAAUACAUAGCUGCUAGCUUAUUCGGAAAUUUCUCCGGCGGAUCCACCGGACACUCGUCGGAGGGCACUAUUGUUCAUCAACAGCCGCAACAACAACAACAACAACAAAACCAAAACCGACGUGUGUCUGAGGCGUCAGGUCCGAAGAAGAACGUAGAGACUUUCGGACAGCGUACUUCUAUUUACAGAGGAGUCACGAGGCAUAGAUGGACCGGGAGAUAUGAAGCUCAUCUGUGGGAUAAUAGUUGCCGAAGAGAAGGCCAGAGCAGAAAGGGAAGGCAAGUUUAUUUAGGUGGCUAUGAUAAGGAAGAGAAAGCAGCAAGAGCUUACGACCUCGCAGCUCUCAAGUACUGGGGUCCCACUACCACUACUAAUUUCCCGAUUUCGAACUACGAGGCCGAGCUCGAAGAGAUGAAGCAAAUGACGAGGCAAGAGUUUGUUGCUUCGCUUCGACGGAAAAGCAGUGGAUUUUCAAGAGGAGCAUCCAUCUACAGGGGUGUCACAAGACAUCAUCAGCAUGGCCGAUGGCAGGCUCGAAUAGGACGAGUUGCGGGCAACAAAGACCUUUAUCUCGGAACAUUCAGCACUCAAGAAGAGGCAGCAGAGGCAUACGACAUAGCCGCGAUCAAAUUUCGCGGCCUGAAUGCGGUCACGAACUUCGACAUCAGCCGUUACGACGUCAAAUCGAUCGCGAGUUGUAAUCUCCCCAUUGGAGGGUUAAUGGCCAACAAAUCCAAGACAUCUUCAUCCGACAAGGCCGUAGAUUUUCCGAAUCCGCCGAGUCCCGGUCCCGUGGCGAUAUUCCCGACAGGAAUCCCCGUCGUAAAGUCGGACUCUUCGGCUGAUCAUUAUUGGUCUAACGUUUUAGGGUUUCAGUCAAACCCUAGAGGCGAGAUUAGAAACGACAUCAUCAACAACUUCGUCGAAGAAGGGUGCAAUGGUAAUUCCACGUUGGGUCUGUCCUCGGGAAUGGCACUGGCUCCGUCGACGACGACGAUGACGACAGGUAAUGAUGUGAACAAUGGUACUGAAGAGUAUGGUGGGAACAUGAACUGGAUUCACGACAAUGUUUCACAUUCUUACCAAACUGCAAGAUCGAAUCUUUCCGGUUUGCAGACUCCGAUUUUUGGAAUGGAAUGAGGUCAGCAGAUCGAGGGCCAAAAAAAAAAAAAAAAAAAAAAAA